UUAUUGCAAUUCCUUAGUAUACAUGAAAUCAGAAUACAAUAAUCAAUUAGUAAUUUGAGGCGUCUCACUCUUCGUAAUGGUCUCAGACCAUGUGCAGCUGGUGUAGGCCAGGCCAGAGGCCAGGCCUAUCCUAUUAUGAGCACAAACAACUAACAAGCGCCUCUUGAUUUAAGGAGAGUUGUUACAUUUAUUUAUUCAUUAGCUAAUGUGCCGGUCUGCAGUUAAUGCAAAGCCAAAAUGGAGACUGCGGCUAUAACAAUAUUAAAGAGAGCUGUAGAACUGGACGAAUCCCACCGAUACACUGAAGCCAUGGUUUGCUACCAGGAUGGUAUUCAGCUUCUACUCGACUCUUUGAAAAGCAUUUCAGACCAACAUAAAAAGCAGCAUUACAGAAAUAAAGUGGAAGCGUACAUGGGGCGUGCAGAAGUCUUGAAAAAGCACAUGGAAGAUGAACAAAAGAGGAUGAACCAUCAUGAGCAGAUUGUAAUAGAGCAUAACUCCAUCGGACACAGUUACGAAUCUGUGUUCGGAAAGUUCUUGAUCUCUGACGUAAAGUCAAUUCUCCUAGAGGAUCCUUACAUACGAACCUUUCAUCAGUGUCAGAACUUGCUGAGAUUUAGUGAGCUGGCCGUGAAGAAAUGUGCGAGUUUGAGAGAGAUGACUGUAGUGACGUCGGAAGAUCCUUCGUCUAGUGAGCAGCAGCGAUUGUGGCUCGACCAGUUACGUGAGGAGCUACGGGUGAAACACAGCAUUACAUUGGCAGUACACUUCUCUUCUACGCUACACGACCGUCAGAUCAGGCUGAGUAACGGAUGGAUCAUCAGGCUGGGCCGAGGGUUAGACUACUUCAAACCUCCCGAGGGAAAGUUCUGUUUGGGAAACUACGACCUCGACUGGAGACCAUGUCAUGCAACAACAAUCGACAUCUUUCACCAAGACAACGUCCGGACCAACGCAAGCUGACAUCUUCCACCAAGACAACGUCCGGACCAACGCAAGCUGACAUCUUCCACCAAGACAACGUCCGGACCAACGCAAGCUGACAUCUUCCACCAAGACAACGUCCGGACCAACGCAAGCUGACAUCUUCCACCAAGACAACGUCCGGACCAACGCAAGCUGACAUCUUCCACCAAGACAACGUCCGGACCAACGCAAGCUGACAUCUUCCACCAAGACAACGUCCGGACCAACGCAAGCUGACAUCUUCCACCAAGACAACGUCCGGACCAACGCAAGCUGACAUCUUUUAUAAAUUUCUUUGGGGGAUGAACUCUUUUAAAGGAAAUUCAGAGCUUAAAACUAUUUGUUCCAGUUAAGUUGUACAUCUGUCUUAAACUAAUCUUUAGGAAGAGGAUGCAUAGAGCGCAAGGGAUUAAGGAAGCUUAGUUUCUCAAAUCUUUGAGCAGAUAUCAAAACAAGUGUAGGAUGUAGGCCUCGAAAAUGUGCUUGAAUUGUCCGAAUAAGUAACAAAAAUAACAAUAUACUUUCCAGUUAGUGUCUAGGUGCAAUUUCAGUGUUACGUAAUUGGAAAUGUAAACUUAAUGUUAAUGCAUUAAAAUACUAGUCCAGAACACACAAUUUAAACAAAAGAAAUGUCUUUACCAAGGUUCAGAAUGUCAUACUUCAUGACGAGAAACAAGGAAGAAAAUGUUAGCCCAAGAUUGAGGGGUUAUUCUGUGUAACAGUGUUGAUUACAAGACUGGUUGAAAAACUGAGUAACUUACACGUUUUGAUAUAUUUUUAAAUAUAUGACACGUCUUAAAGUUACCAAGUAGUGAAACAAAUUAACAUGUCUUGAAUCAUAAUGAUUUUUUAAAUCACAUUAUAAGUUACAAUCUUAAGAGACCAAAAAUCCUUUUACGCCUUGUACAAUGUUAUGACUUGAACUAGAGCAUGUAACAGCGAUUUUUGAAUUCCAAAGGAAAAAGUAAUAUUUUUGUAUUACGUCGUCUCCAUUUCUAGUCAACUACAAAAUUUGAACAUUCAAUCACCGUUACUGGUUGUGUCAGUUGUUGUACAACUGUGUAUUGUAGUUGACUUACACCCUAAACAUUGGUUGUUUACUUUGUUUAUUGCUUAUACAAUUAAUAUUUUAAAAUUCUUUUUUUUUAUUCUAAGAAAGGCUUAUUUGAAUGAUUUUUACGUUCUACCACUGACUUAUGUAUGCUUUAUUCUUUAUAAGACAAAAUUAAACAAUUAGGUUCAAUUAAAUCAAAUCAUGUCCAUUUUUAUCCUUACUGUAUACAAUGUAAGAGUUGUCCACUUUGACAUUUGUAUAUAGUCAAUAAUAAUACCAAACAAAUUGAGCUGGAUCAGUUAUCAAAUUUAUCUCAUUUAUACAAUUUAUCCCGACCUUAACAACACCAAUAGUCCUUUGUUUUAAAAUUAUUUAAGAAAUGUGUACAAAAGAAUUUAGUAUUUUCUACGAUUUUUAUUUGAGUACCAUUGAGUUUUUUUGUAGAAGUUCUAUUAAAAUAGUCUGACUAUCUUAUCCUCAUGUGUUUCAAGUAGCUUAUCUUAUUUAUCAUUUGCCAAUGCUUGUGACACAAAUGAAAUCGUACCAGGAUUAGCUACGGUGAGACAAAUGAAAUCAUUAUUGUAGGUACCAGAUUUAGGUACGGCCAAGUUUUCCAAUUGUAUCGAUUUUUGCUGUCAUGCUUUUAUAACCCCAAUAGGUAAAAAAUACCCCCUGGGUUUUUUUAUCAAUGUAAAUCAGCUGAUAAAGACUAUACAAUUUUUUGUUUAAAACUAUUUCAACCCCAACAGGCAGACCUAAUGGCUUUACCUGCCUUUAUAGUGAAGCUCCGCACUUAAUAAAUAAAUAAAACAUCAGGAAAACAUAUAUAGUCAACUAGCAGAGUACCCGUCCUUCGUACAGGAUUGGCAUAUAAGUAUAAAAUGCUUAGUACAUACUCAAGCUUUGCAUUUGCAAUGAGGGAGGACAAAGUAUGAUAAAAUUUGCUUCUUUAAAUUUACGGUAUACUAUAGUAUUACACAUCUACCAUAGCCAUAAUGUUCUACCACUUCACCCAAACAAUAGAAAAUAAACUAUUAAAGAUUCACAAAAUAUCACAAAUCAUUCAUGAAACUAAAAACAUAAACAUAACUGUAAACAAUCCUACUUUGACAGUCAGUUCUCAUUGCGUAUCACAGUUUUUUGUUACUGCUGAGUUCAAAUUAGCUGUUUUCAGAAAUGAAAAAAAUAAUAGUGCUGCACUCUGUUGGUAAAUCUUAUAACUUUUUAUGAUUUUGGAUAUCCAUAGAACCAACCUUUUUAGUUGAAACAGCUGACUAAUUUCUUGAAUUCCAUUUAAAUGUGAGUACUCAUAAGGUUAACAUGGGAAACUCUAGAGCCACUGCUGCGGACUACUUACAAUAUUAAAAGUUGAUUUUAUCUUUAGUUUGUUUAUACUGUACAAGUUUUCUUGUGCUCUUAUAUCUAUCAUAGGGACUACCAAUGUUGUAAACUAAUAUUAAGAGUUAUACAUUAUUUAUUUUUUCAUAGAUUAAUU